AUGGGCAAAGAUACAUUCACACUCGCCGGCCGCGAGUGGCCCAAAGUGAACUGGUGGAAGAUGAAGGGCAUGCGUUCCGUCUAUCUCACCUUGGGAGCCGCGAUGGUCACCUCUGCAACGAAUGGUUAUGACGGUUCUCUGAUGAACGGCCUCGAGGCCCUGGACGACUGGAAAAGGUCAUAUAAUCAUCCCGAGGGAGCGACGCUUGGUUUACUGGCAGCGUCCAUGUCCAUUGGCUCGAUACUUGCCAUCCCUGUGGUUCCCUACGUCGCUGACCUGUUCGGCCGUCGCUUGAUUGGUGCCUGCGUUGCCCUUGGAACGAACAACAUCAAAGGAAACGACUGGUCGUGGCGUGUGCCCUGUCUUCUUCAGGGUGUGCCCUCAGUAUGCCAACUGAUUUUCAUCUGGUUUGUGCCAGAAUCACCUCGCUGGCUUAUCUCCAAAGGCAAAUCAGAGAAGGCAAAGAAGAUAUUGGCCUACGUCCAUGCACAAGGCGACGAGGACGACGAACUGGUCAACGUGGAAUUCGACGAGAUCCAGCAAACCAUCGCGCUCGAGAAGCAACUCGAAGGCAGCGGCUGGUCUGAGCUGUGGUCGACUCCUGGCAACAGACACCGAUCUAUCAUUCUUAUCUCCAUCGGCUUCUUUUCCCAGUGGUCCGGAAACGGCAUCGUAUCCUACUUCUUGCCAAAGGUCCUCGAGCUUAUCGGCAUCACCGACAGUCACAAGGUCCUCACGAUCAACAGCGUCCUCAACGCCGUGAACGUCGUCUCCGCAACGGGUAUCUGUUUCUUCGUUGACAAGCUAGGACGCCGCAAGCUCUUCCUCACAUCUGUCACUUGCAUGCUCCUCUGCUUCAUCUCAACCACCAUCGCCCUUGCCCGCUUCCCCCAUGGUCCCGGCGGCGCAGAUGACCACGCCGGCAACGCGGUGAUUGUAUUCAUCUUCCUGUAUUACAUCUCAUACAACAUCGGUUUCAGCGGUCUUCUGGUCUCAUACUCGUCCGAGAUCCUGCCGUACCGUCUCCGCGCAAAGGGUCUGACACUGAUGUUCUUCUGUGUGGCUCUCAGUCUUCUGUUCAACCAGUACGUCAACCCGAUUGCGCUGCUGGAUAUCGGCUGGAAGUACUACAUUGUAUACUGUGUCUGGCUGCUCUUUGAGCUGUUUGUUGUGUGGAAGUACUAUGUUGAGACGAAGAACACCCCGCUCGAGGAGAUUGUCAAGUUCUUCGACGGUGACCAGGCGGUCCUUGGUGGCGCAGCGGCCACCGAGAAAAUUCAUGAGUUGGUCACCGUGCAGGCGAGAAGUGCUGAGGAGACUCUAGGUGAGAAGGGACCGGCUGUGUUGGCGGCCAUCUUCAUCAUUAAGAGUGUUAUGCCUAGCAUUGGAGGAAGGACUUUGAAUUCCGAGUAA